CCUACACCCUCGGCCUCCUCUCUUGCGGCGCCACCCGCACCCACACCAUGCUGCCGCGAUCCCCGGCGAGCCUCCACCUCCGGCGGCUCCGGUGGGCCCGAGGUUUCAGCGCGUCCUCCUCUCCCUCGCCCUCGGCAGACAAGAUCGUGGCAUCGGUUGUCUUCGAGCGCCUCCCCGUCGUCAUCCCCAAGAUCAACCCCGUCGUCUACGCCUUCCAAGAAUUCUCGUUCCGCUGGAGGCAGCAGUACAGGCGGAAGUACCCCGACGACGUCCUCGGCAAGGCGGAGGCGAGGGGCAAGGGUGAUUACCAGAUAGAUUAUGUGCCUGCUCCAAGAAUCACAGAAGCUGACAAAAUAAAUGAUCGGAAGUCACUACAGCGUGCUCUAGAUAAUAAACUGUACCUUCUUCUGUUUGGCAAGACUUUUGGGGCUCCUGAUGGCAAGCCUGUUUGGCAUUUUCCAGAAAAAGUGUAUGAAAAUGAAGACACUUUGCGUUUGUGUGCUGAGUCAGCGCUAAAAUCUGUUCUUGGUGGACUUGACAACACAUAUUUUGUUGGCAAUGCUCCAAUGGCUCAUAUGGUAGCUGAACAAACAGAAGAUGCUAGUGUUUCAUCUUUCAAGCGUUUCUUCUUCAAGUCGCAAGUGAUUGGCACCACACAACUCGAUAUCAGGAAAUGUGAGGACCACGUGUGGGUGACAAAAGAUGAGCUGCUGGAAUAUUUUCCAGAGCACAAGGCGCUCUUUGACAAGAUGAUCAUUCACAUAAGAUAGCUCCGUGGCAAAGCUGAGGCUACCUGAAUAUCGAGCAUUCCAGCAUCUUUCAUCAUGCUGCUUGACCUGUGUACCAUCCUAUGAAUUCACAAAAGAAGGCCAUGAGAAAUGAUGGCUGUGGAUGUUUCUCGAAAGAGACAGCUUGAGACUUUGUUGACUCUCUGUUUUGGUUGACGAUGUUAGAUUAAAAAUUUAUGGCAGCUUUCCUGCCACAUGAUUUACAUAUUUGCUAUUUUUAGGCCACACAAUUGAUGGACAUUCCAGUCUCCCUAUUUUCUGAUGUUUGUCGCAUGCAAACUUUUUUUUGCAAAGGCACUUGAACAUGUAACAUUCCUGUUUCUGCAGGUAUUGUUUACUGAUAUUGAUUCUCCCA